AAGGCUACUAGACAGCGCUCCCUGCCUCCGUGCCUGCCUGUCGGUACAGCUUAGGUAGGCACAACCCCAUUCCUCCAACUUCGAGCUUACCGCAGCCGGACGUCUUGAUCGUCAUCCUCUCCGACCCGUUGGAAGCCUGCGAAUUUGCUUUGCAUGUGGCUUACCGCAUCGUGUCUUCCUAAGACGAAAGCUCCCCGACGUCCAGUUCGCGCCCAACAAGCGUGAUCGCAUUGCUGGGCCUCAUAGAAACCCCCACGGUCUCCUGCCCGACUCGUGCCGACUGUCAACGUCAUCCGCACACGAGCUUCCUGUCCACCUUGUCCACCUUGUCCUUCUGAACUUCGACUCCCAUGGAUUAUAGCGCCUCCGUCCACGAUGCCGACCACCCCACAGGCGCUUCGCCUUGGGGGACUUCACCGGCGCCUUCGCCUCACGCCCACCGAACGACAUUUGGCGCAGUAGCGGGCGAAACCCCGGCAUCGCCACACCAGUUCGGCUCAGAAGACCCAAGCAACGGAUUCGCUGCAGGCCACGAGGAAGAGGGAGGCUUCGGGCCAUCAGACCAUAGUUUCGCCAGACCAAGCACGGGCAGCACCGUCUCCGAGACCGACACGCAAACGCAAGCACCGGAGACUGCAUCCGUGUCUGCAUCACCUGGGCCCCAGCACGGGAAUGUCUCGCCUCUGCAGCCGGACGAUCCUAAUCGGUUCUCCGGAGACACUGCUCGUGCUAGUCAAGAGCAGCCUCAGGUUCGAAAGCCCACGCAGCCAGUAUACAAGCUCCAAGCCAAGAUCACUGGGCUCGAACGAGCGGCGCGCAAGGACCCCAUUCUAAGAUUCGAUGUUCAUACCAACCUUCCCAAGUUCCGAACGACCCAAUUCCGCGAUGUCAGACGCCUGCACUCAGAGUUCGUUAAACUUGCCGAAUACCUCAUAUCUGCGAAUCCGGAAGCAAUCGUCCCAGCCGUCCCCCCACCUCUAACAUCCGCCGGAGCCGGGACCGACGAGGAUGAAAUCAGGGUUAAGGCGCUAAUGCAGCGCUGGUUCAACUACGUAUGCAGCAACGAGGUGCUCGCGAGAGAUGAUGAGAUGGUUCUUUUCGUGGAAAGCGACUUUGGCUACAGCCCAAUGGUGAAGAAAAAGCAGCCCGCCACCGGAGUACGGCGCAAAUUGCUGAAGCAGUUCGCACCGCCUCCGGAUGACACACCUGAAUUGUCCGAGGCACGACCAAUCGUGAAACUCUUUUAUCUGGGAUCUAUGGAUGCGGGCCACAAGGUCGACAAGCUGGUCAAAUCCCGUCGUGGGCUCGGUCUUGGGCAGUCCGAAUUCGGCGUCAGGCUUGGUAGUAUGCAUAUACAGGAGCCACACCAGGGGCUGGCCAAUGCGUACCGCAAACUCGGGAAGAUUGUCCAGACAGUGGGAGACUCGCAGCAAGCGCAGGCUACUGCGGAGGCCUUCACCAUUGGGGACCCCCUCCAGUAUCACUCCUCGGAUGCUUUCAUCGUCAAGGAAACACUGACGAAUCGCCAACUUCUCAUCCGCGAGUUCUUGCAGGCGCAAGAAAACACACGCAGCAAGCUAAAUGCGGCAGAUCGUCUGAAGGCCAGUUCAAAUGUGCGCCGGGAAAAGGUUGACGAGGCAAUCUCCCUGCUAGAAGACGCGAAACAAAACGAGGCCUACCUUUAUCAGAAGACCAGGCGGGUGACACAGAACUUGGUUCAAGAACGCCACAAGUGGUUCACAAGGACGGCUGCCGAUCUGCGCGCAAGCAUUCGCGAGUUUGUGUGCAAGGAAAUCGAGGCCGAACGGAGGACCUUGGCCAUGCUUGAGAAUGUGCGGCCUGACGUACGUGCCAUUGACGCUUCUGGUGGCCUGAGUCGGCUGGGCCGUGAGGCACACCCCGCAGUCCGUCGGACCACCAUGGCUUCAAGCCAGGGUCCCAAGGGGGAUGCAUGGAGCGGAGUCCCAAGACGAUCUGUUGAUCCGAUGGGCAGGAGCGUUUCUGCCAGCUUCAUGGCCAACGCCGCUGAGGAUGGUGACGGCGAGGAGGAGAGAACGAAGGCCCCCGCCGGCGGCUUGUCCGAACAGAAUGACGAGGAUGACGAAGACAGGGUGGAUGCCCGCAAUGCGGCGAGUCGGCUGGCUACGAGCACUUUCUAAAGCUCGCACGUCAAGAAAAUUCCCCGCUUGGAACCCUCAAGGGCAUAGCAUAAGCUUUGCAUAGGCGCACACCCAAAAGCAUUGGUCGGGCAGUUUAAUGUAAUUAUUGAUGUGAGCACACACCUCCUUACCUCAGUUCAGGGCGUAGGCCCAGUCAUCAAAGCCUAUCUUCGCAGACGGCUUCAAUCAACACGGAAGGGCGAUAUGAUUAUUUCAUCCAGCGUCAGAAACUUCGUUACGCGCUCCGGUAACGUCCAUCUGGGAGACUACCGACCUAGGUAUAGGAACACACCCGUCUUAUCGUCGUAUUUGAUUCCGCCCGUCUACACAAGCGUCCAACGCCAGG